UGCGUGUGUGUCAGGGUGGCUGGAGCCGCUGCUGGCGCGCGUGGGCGAGGACCGCACGCGCGUCGUGUGCCCGGUCAUUGACAUCAUCAGCGACGACACGCUGGCCUACGUGCGCAGCUUCGAGCUGCACUGGGGCGCCUUCAACUGGGAGAUGCACUUCCGCUGGUACACGCCCGCGGGCGAGGACCUGCGCCGCCGCAAGCACGACAUCUCCGAGCCCUUCAGGACUCCAGCAAUGGCAGGUGGCCUUUUUGCGAUGGACAAGGACUACUUCUUCGAGUUAGGAGCAUACGAUGAUAAAAUGGAGGUGUGGGGAGGUGAAAAUCUCGAAAUGUCCUUCAGAGUGUGGCAGUGCGGGGGCAGCAUCGAGAUCGCGCCCUGCUCCCACGUGGGCCACAUCUUCCGCAAGUCCUCCCCGUACAGCUUCCCGGGCGGCAUCGCCCAGAUCCUCUACUCCAACCUGGCGCGCGUCGCGCUCGCGGCGCGCGUGCGCGACCAGCAGAGCGUGCGCGCGCGCCUGCAGCUGCGCGAACGCCUGCAGUGCAAGAGCUUCCGCUGGUACCUGGACAACGUGUGGCCGCAGCACUUCUUCCCCACCGACGAACGCUUCUUCGGAAAGGUGAGCCUCCCCCCUCCCCCUCCCCCUGCA